AAAACAAUAAUGAUAAAUAAAAACACCUGUUUUAUUUUUUGUGGGAGAGAAGGGAAAACCAAAAAUUUGCUGCAUAUUUGACCUAUUAAGGAGCAGAGAUCUAGAUCUAUGACCAGACAAGGCCACACCUGUGUUGUUUAGUGACCUAUUUUAGAGAGUGAGAAAGAAAAUGAAUAAAAAGAGAGAUUUUUGUAUGUAGAGAGAGAGAGAGAGAGAGAAAGAGAGAGACAGAAGACAGUGCUGCCUUGGGAAUAGUGCAGUGCAGUAGCCAGUGAGUGUGCAGGAGUGCUGCUGCUGCUGCUACGAUAAAUCCAAUGAAAAUUAACGGAAAAAGAGAGGAAAAAGUUGUUUCUUUUUUUUUUUUUUCCUCUUUUUUCUCUUUCUUUUUUGUGGCUCUGUGUUUUCAAAAUUAUAGCAAUAUAAACAAGAGAGGAGGGCAGUAUCAAACGUUUUGGUGCUUUCCUUGUUUUUAAUAACAAGGCCAGUGUUCGGUGGAGAGAGAGAGAGAGAGAGAGAGAGAGAGAGGGAGAAGAAAGGAAAAAGGAGGGAGCUUUGAGAGCUCUCUCGGAGGUGAGAGAUGGAUGCGUAUGAGGCGACGAGGGUAGUGCUAUCGCGGAUCCAGGCUUUGGACCCGGAGAACGCUGCGAAGAUCAUGGGUUUGAUCCUUAUCCAGGAUCAUGGCGAGAAGGAGAUGAUCCGCCUCGCAUUUGGUCCUGAAGCCUUGCUUCACUCUGUCGUCCUUAAAGCUCGCAAGGACCUUGGUCUUCUUCCUCUGUCUCGUCAGAACUCUGCUCCAAGACUACUCUCUGCGCCUCCGCCCCUUGCCGUUAGCUCGCCGUCUUGGGCUUCGCCUCCUUCGCCUUUCUCCCGUUCUAAUGGUGCUGGCUCUGAUGAGCUGCAGAACACGGAGGAGAUUCAUAGUCCAGCGCCGUUUUUUGGCGCCGGAACAGGGGCGGACCUCAUGGAUGAGUUCCAGCUCCAAGACCAGCUCUCAUUCCUCAACGAACAAGGCUCGGCGGCGAACGCGAUGCUUGGAGGAGCGAAAAGCAGCGAGCUUUACUUCGGGGACGUCGCCGCCGAGUGCCGGAGCCCUGGUGCGGGCAGCGACGGUCUCCUUUUCCCUUACUCCAUGGGCUGGGGCGGCGCAAACGGCGCACACCAUCGCCGCAGCUGCUCGGUUGCCGACCUCUGUCUCGGAUCCGACGCCGGGUUUGGCUGGAAACCGUGCUUGUACUUUGCCAGAGGUUACUGCAAAAACGGAAGCAGCUGCAGGUUUCUCCACGGGAUCCCCGACGACGCAUCGCCGGGAGGGAAGAUAGACGCCACUGCCGCGGCGGCGGUUGAACAGCAGUGUCAUGAGUUUCUCAUGCGUUCAAAAAGCCAGCGAGCCUCUCAGCUGAUGGCGUCGGCGUUUCCUUACUCACCAACAGGGUCAGUGAUGCCAGCAUCUCCUUCUUCAAGCAAAUGCAUGAGCUUUUUGAUGCAGCAACAGGGGGAAAGCCAAAGGGCGGCCGCGGCGGCGGCAGCGGCGGCGUUGAUGCUUGGAGGGGAGGAGGCGCACAAGUUCAUGGGGCGAGCGAGGAUGGAAAGCAGAGACUUUGGUGGGUUAAUCAACCCAGGGUCUCGGCAGAUCUACUUGACUUUCCCGGCGGACAGCACGUUCAGAGAGGAGGAUGUCUCCAAUUACUUCAGCAUCUAUGGGCCUGUGCAGGACGUGAGGAUUCCAUACCAGCAGAAGCGUAUGUUUGGUUUUGUCACCUUCGUCUACCCAGAGACAGUGAAGCUCAUCCUGGCCAAGGGGAACCCUCACUUUGUUUGUGAUGCCAGAGUUCUUGUCAAGCCUUACAAGGAGAAGGGCAAAGUCCCAGACAAGUUCAGGAAACAGCCCCAGCAACAGGGGGAAAGAGGUGACUUCUCUCUGUGUACAACUCCCACUGGGAUGGAAUCCAGAGACCCUUAUGAUCUUCAGCAACUUGCUUGUUUGAACUUUGAAGUGAGUCCAGGAGCUGGGAGGAUGAUGUACAGUGGUACUAGUGUUGCUCAGGAAGCAUUUCUGCGAAGAAGGCUGGAAGAACAGCAGCAAGCUGCUGAGCUUCAGCAAGCUAUAGAGCUUCAAGGCAGACGUUUUAUGGGUCUCCAGCUGCUUGAUCUCAAGGCCAGAACUCUGGCUUCUCAUAUGAAUCCCUCCAUUACUUCAACACAGGAAGAGGCUGCUCCUCCGCCACCGCCACCGCCACCACCACCACCACCACCACCACAAGCUACUGAAGAUAAGAAUGGUGGCUCUGCUGCUGGUCCUGGUGCUUCUGAGCAGCAGCAGCAGCAGCAGGUGCAAGAGGUGACAGUCAACGGCGGUGGUGCCGAGAGAGAGGAAUCUGGUGGUGAAGCAAGCCCCAAUGAAGAUAGUGAUUUCCCAGAAAGUGCAGAGCACAACCUCCCUGAUAGCCCAUUUGCAUCCCCAACCAAGUCCUCUUUUACUCCUACUUCCUUCUCCAGUCAUGAAGAUAUCAUCCCUCAGAUGAACACCUCUUCUUUCAAAUCAUGCUUCUUCCCAAUUCCCAGGUUAUCUUCCGGCCAUGGAGCUGUAGGAAUGUGAAUGGAGGUGGAGGGAAGAAGAGACAGAAGUCCUCUCACACAGGAGAGAUAGGAAAGGAGAAGAUAUACAACCAACAGCAACAACAACACCAUUACCAACAAGCACAAAAAAAAAAAAGGAAAGAAACAGCAGGAACAAGUGAUAGGUUUCCUUGUUUUUUUAGUCUUUUAGAUCUCAGUUUGAUUAGCUAGCUAGUUAAAUAGAAUAGAAAGCUCUUUAGUCUUUCUCUCUCUCUCUCUCUGUGCUCACUGGCUGUAUAACAACUAUAUAUUAUAAAUACUAUUUUACUAGUUGUGCUACCUACCUUUUACUUAGCUUUGUAAGGUACCUUAGUAUAUGGGAACAGUAGGACCAGCCUACCAACCAACCACCAAGAGUUUUAAAAAAGGAAAAGAAGAAAGAAAAAUACUUACAACAUGGUAUAAUGGAUCCAGAGAGUACAGACACCAGACUGAAACACUAGAUGGAAAAAGACACAUCAGAACAGCAUCAGCAGCAGCAAGAAAGGAUAGUAAAGGGUCCCAUGCAUGAUAAAAGUAGCCAAUGAAAUCAUCAUUUCACUCCUCUCCUUAUCUUCUCUUCUUUAAUUUUUUUUUUUUUUUUGCUUGCCACCUUAACUGUUGUAUCUUUUUACCUUUAAUCAAAUGUAAGAAGAGCAGAGAGAGAGAAGCCAUGUUGUUUAAAAGAAAAUGAACAGUAAAAGCUUUGUUCAAACUA